CCUAUAACCAAACCACGGUCGCUUAAAUUAAUUCUACAGUAUUUCGUUAUUUCGUUAUACUCCCAUUUCCAUUAUUCUACAUUUACGAUAAAAUAAAGAAACAAUUUCGAUCAGAUCCUAUUCUUGGUGCACCAGUCUCUGGUCUUCCUGAUUCUACUAUUUUCUACUAAACGGUUACAUUCGGAACCGUGGAUGUAAAGAAAAGAUGUCUUGAAUGAUGGGUCCUAUCGGCAGCGUGUCGUUGGGAGCCAAGUGGCUGUUCCGCUUCACUAAACCAUCGAAGAUCGCCCAGAACUUUCGUCGUCGCACUCGAGGGUUUUACGACCGCGUGGUGUGACAGUUUUAGUUUCACCCGUCUCGGAUGACCGAGCCAAAGGUAUUCCUGAACGACCGCAUGGAUAUUCUCGCUUCGAGUCCUGAUCGCAAUGCAGUUUGUACCCCCAAACGAAAAAGAAAAACGAUUUAGAGCGCGCGAACGAACUCUUACGAACUGAUUUUAACUCGCUUUGAAUGAUAAAACUAUGACGUCCUAAUUCGUUUCCUACGAUGCAGUUCGGCAAGUAAUCCUUGCAAUCACGCUUCACGGAUAAGAGAUAGCCUGCGCGGAUGGAAACUUAUAUUCGUUACGAAAGUUUUCGAUUUAUGUGCGAUGUGCUCGAUAAGACGCUUCGUCUGAAGAACUGUUCCAAUUGUGUCUUUUGGAGAGUGGAUCGUUAUGUGACGAAUCAAUCGCUUUCGUACAGCUGUACCUUGUUUGUGGAGACUUCAUCGAUACGGAGCAUUCCGAUAUUUUAUUUUCAGUGGUGAUGCGUUGUUCAAUGUGUACGCGUACUUUGGAACUAUGUUACUUAAAACGGGCAUUUAUUAACCUUUCGACUGCGAAGGGCAUAUAUGUGUAUGCGUCCUAGAGAAAUGGGCUCAGAGAAAUGUUUGUAUUCGUUAAAUCGAUUUAAGGGGCUUGGAACAUCGAAAAAUGAAGAAAAGAAAUCACUUUUGUUUUUAUUCUUUUUUAUUAAAAUUUAUGCGAUUCUGGACAAUUCUACGCAAAGAAAAUUGAAUUUGGAGCACUAGAAGUGGUAAAGAAAUUUAAAAAAAAGAAAAAAGAAAAGAAAAGAAUGGAAUUUUUUUUCACAAAAUUUCAUUUUUUUCUCACACAAAAAAGUUCGACGACACGAACUUAGUAAAAAGAACGCGAUAAAACUGUAAGAAAUAUAAGGAAAUAGAACUGACAACUUUCUCGAAGAGAAAACAACGACAGUCAAAUUUGCGAAAGACCGGAGGCGCGGUUACCUUGGUCCACAGCCAUAGGGUAUUGUUUUCUAGGGUAAAGGAGGCAGUAAAUUUCCGAAAAAGCGUUUUAAUCGAUUCAAAGAAAUACGAUAAUAAAAAGAAAUACGAUUAGAUAAUAUUUAGUUUAAUCGUCCAUAAGAAAGAUUGAAAUGAAAAUAGCAGAAACGUAUCGACGAAAGGCGUUGAGUAAACAUUCAGACCAAGGUAACAUUAAAAAUCCUGAUAUUAUUACUAUUAUUACGUUUUAAACGUUAACGUGCAAAUUGCGAUAAAAACAAAUGUAAUCGAUAAAUGUCUAUUAUCACCGAAGAACUUGUACUUUUUCCAACUAAUAAAGAUCAUCAGCUCGUACAGAGACGAUACAAAUAAUUUUGAAAUGGCCGAUAAUUUACAAAGACUUACGAAAAAAAAAAAAAAACUAUGAUCUUAAUUUAAGAGUGCGUUCAACUUCGCUUAGAGAUAACAGUGAUACUUAAAUAUUAUUGGCAUCGUAUAUAUCCCUUACGUUUACACCGACUGAACAACAAUUUUUUCAAGCCAGUUUCAUUUUAUAAUUUGCAAAUUCAAUUUUAUGGGGGCUCUGAAAUCUGACUUUGCACAAACACGACCCUUAACCACCGAACGGGAGCGUCAAUAGCUAUGCAUUGUUUCGUCGUUGUAAACCGUAAUUUGUCCGCUAGAUUUUCCGUAAUGAAAUUCGUGUUCGAACACCGUGUCCACCAACGUCCGGCACUCGAUUGAUCGUUAGUCACGAUCGAGGACGCGAACAAACGCGGUGAAUAUCAACCCGUGAUGUGCGAUGCCAGUGUCGAUCCAACUCCCGCAUGCGCGUGGAGAAAACUUGAACGCUGCUUUCCGAAAGGAGCAUCAGUAUUUUCAAUGCUGUAAAUUACAGAAUGUUCAUUCUUUUCAGGGGGAAAUUUACUUUUGUAUUCCUACAUAGUCAUAGUCAUUGAAACAUCUAUAUACAUAUAUAUUUUACUUUUAUAUUUAUAUCUUACUAAUAUAGUGAAGUCAUUACAAGAACAUAAAAAUGUUCAGGUAAUUUUGGGACGUACACCACUUUCAUAAUGAAUGUUUUUUUGUUUUUUCGUUCUGGUUAUUAAUUGAAUUUUAUCCAAUGCGAUUACAUGGAUAUUUUUUCUUAUCGACAGUGAAACAUUUCUAUCGAACAAAUUAACAAGUCAAUUUAAACGAUUGCUUGCAGAGACUUUUUGCUUGCAAAGUGGAAUUCGCUUUUAUAACGAACGUUUUCCUCGUUUUCUUUAACAACUGAAUUUCAUUAAUCACGAAUAUAAAGAAAUUUGAUCUCGUUAACGAAUGAAACUUCUUUAUAAACAAACUUAACACGGUUCUUAAGCGUUGCUCGCAAGAAUUCCAUGUUAUAAAAAAAUGGACUUACGCCACUUUUACAACGAACUGCUGACAUGUUAUAAGUAUUAUGUCUAAUAGAACGAAUUUGACAAAGCUCACAGGUGGUACUUGGAUACUGGGCGAAAUACUCUGUAUCUCCUGGGUUUCCCUUGACAUUCUCCUCUGUACUGCCAGCAUUCUCUCAUUAUGCGCCAUAUCCAUAGACAGGUACCUAGCCAUAACUCAACCUUUGAUAUACAGCCGACGACGUCGAAGUAAAAGACUGGCUGGCUUGAUGAUUGUCGCUGUAUGGAUCCUUGCUGGGGCUAUAACCAGCCCACCUUUGCUGGGAUGUUUUCCGCGUGCAACGAAUCGCGACAGUAAAAAAUGCUCGUACAACAUGGACUCCUCAUACGUAAUAUUUUCAGCGAUGGGUUCUUUUUUCCUACCGAUGCUGGUAAUGCUCUACGUUUACGGCAGAAUAUCUUGCUUGAUUGCGAGUCGCCAUAGAAACUUGGAAGCCACUGGCAGUGAAAACAUCAAACCACGUCGCAAUGUGCUGAUUGAACGAGCAAAGAGCAUCAGGGUACGAAGAACCGAAUGUGUGACCAACACUGUGACCUGUGACAGGGCCUCCAAUGAAGCGGAACCGCCGACCACCAGCAAAAAGUCAGGGAUCGUCCGCAGUCAUCAACAGAGCUGCAUCAACAGAGCAGCUAAGGAGACAAAAACUGCUGGCACUUUAGCAGUGGUCGUAGGUGGAUUCGUAGCAUGUUGGUUACCUUUCUUCAUUCUCUAUUUGGCCACACCGUUCGUGCCCAUGAACCCGCCGGAUGUCCUAAUGCCAGCUCUAACGUGGCUAGGGUGGAUCAAUUCAGCUAUAAAUCCAUUCAUCUACGCCUUUUACUCGGCCGAUUUCAGAAUCGCAUUCUGGCGACUGACUUGUCGAAAAUGUUUCAAGAGUAGAAGUAAUUUGGAUCGAAGCAAUCGAAAAUUACCGACUCCAGCUAACUGGAAGAAGGGCAUCGAGGACGUGAAAAUAGUGGAACAAUGAUGAAAAUAAAAAUCCAUCGAUCGCUGUGAUCGGAACAGAGGUCACUGUGAUUUACCUAAGAGUGCGACUCGUGUUGUAUCGAAUGAGACACGUAAUUAAACAAAUUCAAACAAGACAUCAAUCUCAUGAUACACGUAACUUGUUCGAAAUAUACAGUAUUUUACAAUCGGUAAUAACUAAACAGGUGAUUACAACAUUUAUAAACUGCGAAUACAUGGUAUUAUUUGGAACAUGUCUGUAUCACGACUUUAUUAAAAUUGGAUUACUUCACAAACAACUGUUACAGCUAUUAGAUCUGAAUACAUUUUUACCUAAGCAGGAGUUUCACUUUCAUUUCACUUACAAAAAAGCGGAUAUGGCUAACAAGUAUAAUAGUUGGGUACCGCAUGAAUCAUUCAUCGAAGAAGAAUUUAUAUCUAUUUAUAUCCUUGUUAUAACGGCACAAUAAUUGCUCGUUUUCAAAGCAACUGGUAA